ACGCUUGACAUUGCUAGCCGUCUGUCAGCUUUGCCAAUCAAUCGCUCAGCCGAAUUUCAUCCACUCCUCGCAACGCGGCGUCGCUACUAGCGACUUCACUCUGGAUAUUGUCGCGUCUCAAGGUCCAACCCCAGUUUCGAACUCGACCAGCAACCUUCCGACGGCAUUAACCUUCCUUGCGGUCAAGCUUCUAGCUACGCCGAAUCACCCCACCCUAUCGCUGCAGACUCUUUCCUUUUCGCAGCAAGAUACGACUGUCAAGCUAUAGUCAUCAUGGCCUCUCUUGGGGAUGACCUUUUGGGCACCGUCAACAAGCUGCAAGACUUGGUCUUCAACACCAUUGGCAGCGACUCCCUUGACCUUCCGCAAAUUGUUGUGGUUGGGUCGCAAUCCGCAGGAAAAUCUUCUGUUCUCGAAAACAUCGUCGGACGUGAUUUCCUACCCCGUGGGAGUGGCAUCGUUACAAGGCGGCCCCUUAUCUUGCAGCUCAUCAACGUUCCUGAGGACGAGAGCACCGCCCAGCCAGCAAAUGACCCCUACAGGUCCCCAUCUCAAGCUCGGCGAUCUGAAUGGGCCGAGUUCCACCACAUUCCCAAUCGCAGAUUCAACGACUUCGGCGACGUUAAACGGGAGAUCGAGAAUGAAACCUCGAGAGUGGCUGGCAGCAAUAAGGGUAUCAAUCGACAACCGAUAAACCUAAAAAUCUACUCUCCCCACGUCCUAAACCUGACGCUCGUAGACCUCCCCGGUUUGACCAAGGUACCCAUAGGCGAUCAACCGACCGAUAUAGAGAAGCAGACUCGCAAUUUGAUUUCGGAAUAUAUUGCCAAGCCUAACAGUAUCGUCCUCGCUGUCUCUCCUGCCAAUGUGGACAUCGUCAACUCGGAGGCCCUAAAGCUAGCGAGACACGUUGACCCGCUCGGCAGGCGGACUAUCGGCGUGCUCACUAAGGUCGAUUUGAUGGAUCAUGGAACGAACGCACUGGACAUCCUCUCGGGACGUGUUUAUCCAUUGAAACUUGGCUUCAUUGGUGUUGUCAACCGCUCGCAACAGGACAUCCAGGGUAGCAAGCCAAUGGAGGAGGCGCUGAAGGACGAGGCCGACUUCUUCAAGCACCACCCCUUGUUUCUAUGUAUGGUUAUGGCGUAUAUUCGAGCGCGCAUGCCGGACAUUAAGGCACGCCUCAACACCCUCAUGGGGCAAACCCAACAGGAACUGGCCAGCUACGGUGAUAUGCACUUCAGUGGCAAGGAGCAUCGCGGGUCUCUUAUCUUACAGCUCAUGACCCGCUUUGCCACUUCUUUCAUAUCUUCAAUCGAUGGCACUUCGACCGAGAUCUCGACCAAGGAGCUAUGUGGCGGUGCUCGCAUCUAUUACAUUUUCAACUCGGUAUUCGGUAGCUCCCUCGAGUCUAUCGAUCCAACAUCUAACCUUUCCGCCCUUGAUAUCCGCACGGCUAUUCGCAACUCAACUGGCCCCCGCCCAAGUCUGUUCGUCCCGGAGAUGGCGUUCGACCUUCUCGUCAAACCUCAAAUCAAACUCCUCGAGAUUCCUAGCCAGCGCUGUGUUGAGCUUGUCUAUGAAGAGCUCAUCAAAAUUUGCCACACCUGUGGCUCAACAGAACUCUCGCGGUUCCCAAGGCUGCAGGCCAAACUAAUUGAAGUUGUUUCCGAUCUACUCCGGGAAAGACUAGGCCCGGCAUCAUCUUAUGUUGAGUCAUUGAUCUCCAUUCAGCGCGCUUACAUCAAUACCAACCAUCCGAACUUUCUGGGUGCCGCAGCUGCGAUGAGUCAUGUUGUCAGCAAUAAACAGGAGAGGGAACGCAAGCGUCUCAUACAAGAAGAGAAAGACAGAAGAGAAAGGCGGCGUCUUAAGGAGCUCGGGGCGAAUGGUGUCGACACCCCCGCUGAGGAUGAAGAAGAGUCGGCUGUUGUCGAAAAGGGUGACUCGGCAACAGCUCGCCGACAGGCCGUCAAAGGAGCCCGAAGCUUGUCCCCAGGUCUCAAAGAGCAUGGCGCUGUUUCGCUCAACGCAGCCGUGAACGGUGCCCGGUCAAUCUCCCCUUCGAGGCUGAACAACCAACAGGGGCUCGGCGGCGCGCGAGACUCGUUCCUAAACUACUUCUUCGGCAAAGACGGCGCAUCACCGAUGCCUAUGGGUUCUGGUAGUGCUCAUGGAAGAGACCUUUCCGUUGCGAGGCACGUUAGCCAAAGUAUGGAGCCCACCUUCUCCCAGAGCAUUCGCCGAAAUGACGAUACGCUGUCGAGCCGGUCUGCUCUUCAACCACAGGCACGCGAAGAUGACUCUCGUGAUUUGGGCGCGCAUUUCGGAGCUGGUGGUGAACCAGCUUUGACUGAUCGUGAGGCCAUGGAGACUGAGCUUAUCAGAGCUCUUAUUUCAUCUUACUUCAACAUUGUUAGGGAGUCCAUUGCCGACCAGGUGCCAAAAGCCGUCAUGCAUCUGCUGGUAAACCACAGCAAAGAUGUAGUCCAAAACCGCCUUGUGAGCGAGCUCUACAAGGAGACGUUGUUUGAAGAGUUGCUCUACGAGGACGAUGGGGUCAAGAAGGAGCGCGAGAAAUGUGAGAAGCUUCUCCAAACCUACCGCGAGGCCUCGAAAAUCAUAGGAGAGGUGCUUUAGUUGUUUCAAGAUACGGCAUGGACAUACGGAAGCACGUCUUUGUAAAAUCAGGUGGAAGCUUAUCGAGGUGGUAGUCUCCUACCUUGAAGCACAGAGGAGCUGGGAAAGAUAGAGCUGUUUUUCUACUGUACUCCUAUUCAGCUUGGCUGUCAGCAACAUUCACUUCUCCAUAUGUAUUCCC